ACUGUUGUGUUUUUCUCGCUUCGCAAGUCAGUCGAGUUUUUUGCGUGACUCUCGCGAAAGUAAACACAAUUUACACCAGUUUAAAAGUAUUAAAAGAAAAAUCUCUUUUUCUAUUUGAUUUCGUAAAAAUUGUGCAACAAUGAACCGUCUAUUUGGUAAAUCAAAGCCCAAAGAACCCGGACCAAGUAUUGAUGAUUGCAUCAAGGGGGUUGAUUCCCGAGCGGAAACCAUCGAUCAGAAGGUUCGCACCCUCGAUGCCGAACUGCGCAAAUACAAGGACCAGAUGGCCAAGAUGCGGGAAGGUCCGGCUAAGAAUGCCGUCAAGGCGAAGGCCCUGCGGGUGCUCAAGCAGCGAAAACAGUAUGAAAACCAGGUAGAAAAUCUGAGGAACCAGUCGUUCAACAUGGAGCAGGCCAACUUUGCCGCCCAAACUCUCAAGGAUACCCACGCCACAGUGGCGGCCAUGAAGGACGGCAUGAAGUCGAUGAAGAAGGAGUUUAAAAAGAUCAACAUCGAAGAGAUUGAAGACAUUCAGGACGACAUGGCGGACAUGCUGGAACAGGCCGACGAGGUCCAGGAGGCGAUGGGACGCAGCUACGGAAUGCCGGAGAUUGACGACGAUGAACUGCAAGCGGAACUGGAUGCCUUGGGCGAUGAGAUUGCCCUGGAUGACGACACCAGUUAUCUGGACGAUGUGGUCAAGGCACCGGCUGCUCCCGAUAAGGAACCCGGCGCGGACAGUGUUACCAAUAAGGACGGCAUUUUGGUAGACGAGUUCGGACUGCCUCAGAUUCCGACUCAAGUGAAAAGCACCUAGGCUGGAUGGAUGUGAGUGAAUUUAGUCAUGCUGGCGGUUAUUUCGUUUUAUUUUUUCUAAUUAAGGCUUAUUAUAUCUGUGAAACUUACUUGCACGACCGAAGAUACAUAUUACAUUUUAAAUGAACAGUUCACCUUAAGUGAAA